GAGACAAGGCAGUUGAACUAACCACACCAUCGUGGGAAGAAAACCAGUUAAUUGCCGCCAAAAAUACCAGCAAUCAGCCGACCAGAACUCACGUGACAUUCUAAAACUCCGUGCCAACUCUGGCAAAUCAUCACGUGCCGUACGGAUUAAAAGCGACGGCGAGUAAUCAGGGUCCCAAAACCGCCCAUUUUCUCUCUCAUUUGACCGCGGGCAGCCUUGUAACCGUCUUAUCAAACCAAUAAAAACUCCCCAUGUCAUUGAAAAGGGCAGCCGAACCAGUCACUCAAACUCUCGGGCAAAGUGGAUAAACUGACCGUAGAUAAAUACUCCAGUACUCGUAAGACGGCUGCCUACGUUUCCCCAUUUAACAACAUUCUCUCUCCUAUUUUUUUUUACUCUCCUCUGUUUACUUCUCCUACUACUUCUUCCACAAAAAUUGGAGAAUUUUAUAAAUUUUCCUAAACUUUUUUUUAUAAUAAAUCUUGGUUAUAAACUUCAUUCUUCUGUAACCGGGUUCGAUUUGUUGAGGGAAAUGGACGACGAAUAUGCUAAAUUGAUCAGGAGGCUGAACCCACCAAGAGUUGUAGUUGACAAUAUUUCCUGUGAAGAUGCUUCUGUAAUUCAGGUUGACAGUGUCAACAAGCAUGGAACUCUUCUACAAGUUGUCCAAGUUCUUGCUGAUGUUGACCUUACUAUUAAAAAGGCAUACAUUUCUUCUGACGGUGGAUGGUUUAUGGAUGUAUUCUAUGUGACUGACUACCAUGGGAACAAGAUCAGAGAUCAAGAAGUUAUCAACUAUAUCCAAAAGACAAUCGAGAGCAAUGCCUCAUAUUUGGCUCCUUUAAGAGAUUCAGUUGGAGUGAUGCCAUCUGAAGAACAUACCUCAAUCGAGCUGACUGGGUCAGACAGACCAGGCUUAUUAUCAGAAGUUUGUGCAGUCCUCUCUGAUCUUAACUGCAAUGUAGUGAAUGCUGAAAUAUGGACCCAUAAUUCUCGAGCUGCAGCUGUUGUACACGUAACUGAUUAUUCUACGGGGCGUGCAGUGAACGAUCCUAAAAGGCUCUUUACAAUAAAGAAGCUUCUUUGCUACGUGCUUAAAGGAAAUAGUGAUUGUCAGGUGGCAGAAAUGAGACUGUCCCCUACUGAAAGUACUCAUAGAGGAAGAAGGCUGCAUCAAAUUAUGUUUAAGGAUAGGGACUUUGAAAGAAUGGAGACAGUAGGGUACCCUAGAAGCGAGGAUAAGUAUAGAAAGCCGCAUGUUACAGUUUCUGAUUGUCCAGAGAAGGAUUAUACUGUGAUUGUUAUGAGGUCCAAGGAUCGGCCUAAAUUGUUGUUCGAUAUUGUGUGUACUUUAACUGAUAUGCAAUAUGUGGUUUUUCAUGGCAUGGUCACCGGCGGGAGGAUGGAAGCUUACCAGGAAUUCUACAUUCGACACGUUGAUGGGAAGCCCAUAAGAUCAGAAGCUGAGCGAGAACGAGUUGUGAAAUGCCUUGAAGCAGCCAUAGAAAGGAGAGCAUCAGAGGGCUUAGAGUUGGAAUUGCGCACUGAAGAUCGAGUAGGACUGCUUUCAGACAUAACCCGCAUUUUCAGGGAAAACGGAUUAACCAUAAGAAGAGCUGAAAUAUCGACAAAGAGUGGAAAAGCAGUAGACACAUUUUAUGUUACAGAUGUGGAAGGAAAUGCUGUGGAUCCAAGGACAGUCGAUUGUAUCCAACAACAAAUCGGGAAAACCAAGUUGCAGAUAAAACACGACUCAUUUGACACUCCUAAACCUGCUCAGGAAACUACAUUGAGUUUCCUCUUUGGGAAUCUUUUUAAAAGCCCAAGUUUACAGAACUUAAAGCGAAAUAGGUAUGACUGUAAUUAAACUGUAUAGUCCUGUGCAGCUGUUGAAGUAGAGGAAUGUAAGUGUUCCUGAUACUAAAAACAUAGCAAAGUAGGCAAGUACAUAUGUAGUAUAUAAAUACAGGUAAAAUCAGAGUAAAAGGAAAAAUAUAGCAAGUUGUAGUCAAUGAUGGAUAUUGAAUAUAUACAUAUCGCCCCGGCCAUGCGAAAGUUCAGGGGUUGUACAUGUGUAAUUAGCUCUAGGUUGUAGAUAGAUAGACAGACUACUCACUGUAAGUAUUAAGGUUUACUGAAUGUAUAUACUCCUACUGUAUAUUGGCCUUCUGUACAGGAGAUAAACGCGAUGUAAAUAUCCCUUUUAUGUAUAUAUUGCAUAAGUACUUGAAA